UUACGCACACCUAUAAAAUAGGGUUGUUGCAAGUCGCCGGUUCUAGUUUUAUUUACGCUUCGAAAGAAAGUAAAGUGCUAAGAUUAAUCAUUCAUAUUGCGACAUAACGAUUAAAGUAUGAGUCUCAGGCAGUUUCAGAACAUUUCCCGCCAGGCCCUCAGGUGCUAUUCAAUCAGGCGGACCCUUUGCCCCGCCCUCGAGCUGAGUCAGGGUCAAAGGCAGGGCCUGCGCCUCUGCACGGUCCUCCUUCCCGUGAGCUGUGCCUCGGCCACAUCCGCCACUUCCGCCUCCUCGGCCGCCCAGUACUCCACAGCAGCUGCCAUCGACAUGUCUGCUAACGGAGAUUACAAGAACGCCGCCUCGAUUUAUGAGUUCACGGUGAAGGACACCCAUGGCAAUGAGGUUUCGCUGGACAAGUACAAGGGCAAGGUGGUCCUGGUGGUGAACAUCGCCUCCAAGUGCGGACUGACCAAGAACAACUACGAGAAGCUGACGGAUCUGAAGGAGAAGUACGGCGACAAGGGCCUGGUGAUCCUGAACUUCCCGUGCAACCAGUUUGGAUCACAGAUGCCAGAGGCCGAUGGCGAGGCCAUGGUGUGCCAUCUGCGCGACUCGAAGGCCGAUAUUGGCGAGGUCUUCGCCAAGGUCGAUGUGAAUGGAGAUAACGCGGCGCCCUUGUACAAAUACCUGAAGGCCAAGCAGACGGGCACUUUGGGCAGCGGAAUCAAGUGGAACUUCACCAAGUUCCUGGUGAACAAGGAGGGCAUCCCCGUCAACCGCUAUGCCCCGACCACCGAUCCCUUGGACAUAUCCAAGGACAUCGAGAAGCUGCUGUAGAUGUCCCCUGGAUAAAAUGUUAUCGCAUGGACUGUGUUUUUCGCGUAGCUUUAGCUUGUAACCGCCUGGCCACCAAAUAGUAUUUUGUGGCUGGCCACAUGCACCGCAUGUUAUAUAUAUAUAUUGUCUACUCUUUACUGGUUUUUGAUUCCCACCCACAAACACAAUAAACGACACUUGUGGUUACCACACCA